AAACAUAAGAUUUAUUUGACAACUGCACUAUUUCGCAGGGUGUUCUAAAUUGUUAUGAAAACAUAUAAAAAAUGGCCGUCUUUCGCAACCUUCAGAGAACUUUCUUGCAAUUUGAGAAAAAUCUUGGAUCACCAGUGGCACUUUACCACAAAAACGUGAUUGAUCACUAUGAAAACCCACGCAAUGUUGGAUCCUUGGAUAAAAAUGACAAGAAUGUUGGUACAGGGUUGGUAGGAGCUCCAGCAUGUGGAGAUGUCAUGAAACUACAGGUAAAAGUAGAUGAAAAUGGAAAGAUAAUUGAAGCAAAGUUUAAAACAUUCGGCUGUGGAUCAGCUAUUGCUUCCAGCUCCUUGGCAACAGAAUGGGUUAAAGGCAAAAAUGUAAGUGAGGCAGGAGACAUAAAGAAUACAGAUAUUGCUAAGGAGUUAUCCUUACCUCCGGUCAAGCUGCACUGUUCUAUGUUGGCAGAGGAUGCUAUCAAGGCUGCAUUGAAUGAUUGGAAAGUUAAGAACAACAAAUCGGAGGGAUAAACAAUAUAUUAAAUGCUGACACAACUAGAAUUUGGAAAUGGGAAAACUGAUAUUGUGAUAUUAUUUUGAAUGAGAACUGGACUUCAGUGCAUAGUUGUAUCGGUUAUGUUGUAAAAUCAUCAUAAUUGCAUUUGUGUUACAUGCAAGAAAAACAUUUUAUACCAAACUUACAUGAAUAGUUAGAGACAAGUGAUACAAAGAUGUAUACAGCUUGUCAGAAGUGUGCUGUGGAUAACAAUUGCCAUUGUUAAACUUCAUGAAAACCUCACUCAAGAGAUGUUUGGUUUUUUUCACCUGUAUAAUUGUCCUAAAUGUGACACGGCAACAAAGGUCUACCAUGUAUUUUUAGCUUGACUAUACAAAGUAUAUGGAGAGCUAUCCUACUCGCCCUGGCGGUGGUGUUGGCAUCCCUUCCGCGUCCACACCUUGGUAAAAGUUUUGAUGCACUUUUUCUCUGUAUCUGUUAUUACCAAAUAUAUUUGACUCAAACUAAAAACAGUUGUACCUCAGCAUCACCCAUAUCACAUGACAUAAGGACUAUAACUCUGGCACCAAUAUUUCUGAAUUAUGCCCCCUUCACACUUGAAUUUUAGGUUAAAGUUGUUGCACUUUCACUUUAUCUUUGUAAUUACUAAAUGAAUUUGAUUCAAACUAAUUUUUCUUUCACAUUGACUUCCUCAUCAUAUGACACAAGGUUGAUAACUCUGGCACAAAUAUUUAGUGACUUAUUUCCCCUUAUUACUUAGAAUUUCAGUUUAAUUUUUAUGCUUUUUCACUGUAUCUCUGUUGUUGUGGAUUUUCUUCAAACUUAAAACAGUUGUUCCACAUGAUCAACCACAUAAUAUGACAUUAUGUUCAUGAUGCUAGCACCAAAAUGCUAUUAUGCCCCCUUUUUACUGGAAUUUCAGGUUCAAGAUGUGAUUUACGUCUGCUCUAUCUGACUUAUUUGAUUCAGACUUCAAAUAGUUGUUCCAUAUUAUUAGCCACAUGAUGUGACACAUGGUGCAUUAUGUUUGCAGAAAUUUUCCAUGAAUUAUGUCCCUUUUAUACUUAUUUGAUGUUUUGAUACACUUCUCUAUCUCUGUGAUUACUAAAUACACACAGACUUAAGCUAUUGUCCAAUAUCUUAAUCCAAAUUGGAGUAAUUCAACACUCCAGUGACAGCUUUAGCUUCCUCAGAUGUGCCCAGUUUCACUGUCCAGCAUCGAAAUAGUCAAGUGUGCUGUCUCCUGUGACAGUUCUUGUUAACUUUCCUUUGACCCCUAGUCAAAUCCAAGAUUACCUUUCAGGUGAAGGUCAGAGCCCGUACAUCUUGGUGUGCUCCACAGUGACCUUUAACUCAAAGGUCACUUCGAGUUUUAACUAUUUUUGUGACAGUUUGUUCAUACAUAUUCAAAUUGAUUAUGUAUUAUGCUUUAGAUAUAUGUAAUUCAGUGUGUUAUUUGCAUAUGUUGUAAUAUAUUAUUAGAGAAAAAGGAGACUCUGGUUUAUAUGUAAUAUACUGACAGUACUUUUUACCUAGAGGCACAUUUAUGCAGAUGGUACCCCUCUGUAAUGUCUUCAGUAUUCUGAUAUUCAGGAUUUUUUAUGUUUGAAAUUUUUAAACAAAAAGUUUGGAAAUCCAGACAUGUAAAGUAAUAUGCAUGUUCAGGUUUAAUCAGUGAUACAGUAUUACUUACUAUGCAGACAAAAACCUUAAAUUGGGAAUAGGUUAUAAAAAUUUCAUAUUAUCCUUUGAAUGCCCUUUAUAGAAAAUAAUAGCAUAAACAAUCCUGUCCUCUGUCUUUUGCAUUUGAAACAGUUGACCAUUUAGUUAAUAUAUGUAUUAAUUAAAUAAUUAAAUCACACACCAAUCAGAGUCCGCUGCUUUGACUUGCAGUGUUAAUAAAUGCCAAGGCAAUCAUAAUCUCCUGAUUUUUCACUUCUGUGUUUAGUCGUCAUGAGGGUUUUUGCUUUCACUUUCCUGUCUCUCCCUGAUAUGAUGAAACUGAAAAAAAUAAUGUGAUAACUGGGAGAUGAUCUAAAACUAUACUGGUAGUCAUUUAGAAACUUAGAAAAACGACCAUGUGAAAAAGGUUGCAAGGUAUUUUUAGUACAAAAAUGAAUUAAAGAAAACAUAAGGACAGUGUUUAUUUUCUGUUAUAGAAAAUCAGUUUUUCUGUCAGAAACAUUCAGUUACCAAUUGGAAGGUUAUUUUUCGGGUGCUUUCACUUUUGUUUAUAAUGAUCAUUGUGUUAUUAUGCAUAAAUAAAUAUAAAGAAAGCUAAA